UCUCGGUCAGAUUUAUUGAUUCCAACAAUCCAUUCCAGGCUGUUUCAAGAAGCCUGUGACCUUGCGUCGCAAGGGAUCUUGGCACUCGUCAGUUCCACUGGAUGCGCGCCUUCUGCCUCACUUCAGUCGUUUGCAGAUGGAAUGCAUAUCCCUCACCUUUACAUCCAACGCACAUCAGCCGGAACUCCCCGCUCACAAUGUUCUAUCGCAAGGAAUAUUAGAAAAAACGAUUACACCCUUUCUCUACGCCCUCCUGAUUAUUUCAACGAAGUCAUCCUUAAAGUCAUUACUGAAUUUUCGUGGCAGAAGUUCAUGAUCUUCUACGAUGAUGCAUAUGACAUUCGUGGGAUUCAAGAGUUUUUGGGUCAAGCAGGUCAGCAAGGAAUAGAGGUUUCCCUUCAAAAGGUAGAGACCAGCAUAAGUAAUAUGUUCACUGGUCUUUUCUCUACACUUGGAUUCGAUGAGCUCAGCCGUUUUCGGGACAUGCUUCGAAGAGCCCUUCUUUUUCUCAACCCACGUACUGCAAAGACCUUCAUUAGUGAGGCUGUUGAUACCAAUUUGGCUGCUGUUGAUAGUCACUGGAUCUUCAUAAAUGAGGAAAUAAACGAUGCAGAUAUUCGAGAACUGGCAAGAAGAUUGACUGGAAGACUGACUGUCAUUCGCCAAACCUUCCCCAUGUCAGAAAGCAAGAGCCAGUACUGUUUAAGAAGCAAUCAUAGAUUUUCUUCAGUUAUGUGUAAUCCUAAAGACCCCUUCACACAGCACAUGGAGAUUUCCAAUCUCUACGUAUAUGACAGUGUUUUGCUGCUGGCUGAUGCCUUCCAUAAGAAGCUAGAAGAUCGAAAGUGGCAUAGCAUGGCUAGUUUGACAUGCAUAAGAAAAAAUUCUAAGCCAUGGCAAGGUGGAAUAUCUACAUUUGAUGCAAUUAAAAAGGGAAAAGUGAAUGGAUUAACUGGAAUGCUCAGUUUUAGAGAUGAUGGCACAAAUGAGAAUGUCCUAUUUGAAAUUCUCGGUACCAGCUACAGUGAGGAGAAGGAUAGAGGGAUUCAACGACUUGGUCUUUGGAGUCCGACUGCUGGAUUGAAUGGUUCUCUAGUUGAUCAAAAAUUGGAAAACAGCAUGGAAGGAGUGACACUGCGGGUUGUAACAGUGCUGGUGACUCCAUUUGUUAUGAUAUCAGAGAAUAUAUUUGGUCAACCUAAAGAAUUUUGUGGGUUUUCUAUUGAUGUUCUGAAUGCACUUUCAGAGCAUCUUGGGUUCAAAUAUCAAAUCUAUCAAUCUCCUGAUAAUCAGUAUGGAAAAUUACAAAAUAAUGGAAAAUGGGAUGGCAUGAUAGGAGAACUUGUUAACAAGCGAGCUGAUAUAGCAGUUUCAGCCUUGACAAUUACCCCCGAAAGAGAGAAUAUUGUGGACUUCACUGGUCGAUUUAUGGAUUAUACAUUAGGAUUUCUACUUAAGAAGCCAGAACACAAAGUUGACAUGUUUACCUGCCUUGAACCAUUUGAUCUAACUGUGUGGGCAUGUAUUAUUGGCACUCUGUUUAUAAUCGGCCUGCUUGUUUGCAUGUUCAGCUGGGUAAAGCCAUCUCCACUUCAAAUAGGAUCUGUGACAUCCACAACUUUGUACAAUGCUGCUUGGCUUGUUUAUGGAUCAUUUGUACAACAAGGAACAGGAGGUGAAAUUCCUCUGAACACUUUGGCAGUUCGCUUGUUGAUGGGUUUUUGGUGGCUCUUUGUGUUUAUAAUUAUCUCUACAUACACUGCAAAUCUAACUGCCAUCCUGACCACCAAUCGAAUUGAAAACCCUGUUCGAUCUUUUCAGGAUCUUGCCAAACAAACAGAUGUUCCAUAUGGCACUGUCCUCGAUUCAGAAGUUUUGCAAAUAAUCAAAACCAAGGGUCAAAAUCCAUUUGAACUUGAACAAACAUAUGCUAAUUUGUGGAACAUGAUGAACAAAACAAAUGGUUUGGAGAAUUGCGUGAAGAAAAUUCAGGAUGGGAUUCAAAGGGUAAAGUCUGGAAAUUAUGCCUUCAUCUGGGAUGUUGCAGCUCUAGAAUAUGUGGCAGAAAAUGAACCGGACUGUGCCUUUGUCACAACUAAGAAUUCGAAAGUCGAUCGAGGUUAUGGCAUUGCUCUUCAGGAUGGCAGCCCGUACAGGGACAUGUUUUCACAAAGCCUUCUAGAACUUGAGCAAAAUGGUGAACUGGACGGACUGAAGCAGAAGUGGUGGCCCAAAGCUGGGAAAUGCGAUUUGCAAAGCCAUGUUAAAACACAUGGAAAGGGAGGCCCUAUGGACCUACAAAACUUUGCCGGAGCCUUUGUUUUUCUUGCUCUGGGUGUUAUUUUGGCUUUCGUUGCUGCCAUGGUAGAGACUUGGUGGAAAGGCAAAAAGAAAGGAGAUGCUGUUGGAGAGGAGGACAAUGAAAUUGAAAUUGAUCAGUUUCAGAAAAAGACAGACAGCAUCUCUAAAAUAGAUGAGAAUUCUCUUAAAUUUUCACCAUCCUUUGUAGACUUAAAUUCGUUUGAACUUUCUAUGAUACCAACUGGUGAAAAUCAGGAAGAAUUUAAUGACUUCAGGAACACUAAUUUGACCAUGUCAACUUUCAUACCUGAGCAGAUGCGGAGGACAAGCACAUGUAGUUUAUCAGCUAAGACUUUAUCUGGAAUGCCAUUGAGUGGCACAUCUUCUCAACAAACUGCACAAUACGUAUGCACGCCACAAAAUGAGAGGGAUUGUAGCAGUCCUUCAUCUUUUCUUUGAACUAAUUAAACUACAGCUCCAUGAAA